CACAAGUUUGAUCCUUCCUUCAGAGGUCCAGUCCGAAGAAGAAGCUGCACUGAUGUCUUAUGUUGUUUGAUCUUCAUCAUUGUCAUCUUCGCGUAUGUUGCCCUUGGGAUAGUGGCCUGGUUACAUGGAGACCCCAGGAAGGUGCUCCAUCCAACAGACAGCUAUGGCCAGUUCUGUGGUCAGAAGGGGACUUCCAAUGCGAAGAAACCUAUCCUGUUCUAUUUCAACAUCUUGAAAUGUGCCAACCCUGCUAUACUCAUCAACCUACAGUGCCCCACAACUCAGAUGUGCGUGUCGAAGUGCCCAGACAAGUUCGCCACCUACACUGAGAUGCAGCUGCAGUACAAACUCAGCAAGACUUACUGGGAAUAUUACAGACAGUUCUGUAAGCCUGGCUUUAAUAACCCUGACAAGCCAGUCUCUCAAGUUCUACGAGACGAGGACUGUCCCUCUAUGAUUGUACCAAGUCGACCAUUUUUUCAGAGAUGUCUACCAGACUUCAUCACACUGAAUGGGACGCUGACUGUGGCUAACAAGACCAGGUUUAAAGAUGCUCUGGAAAUGCCUCGCAGUGUUACUGAACUCCAAGACGCUGCCAAAGGUAUAACAGGACUCAUGGACACUAAGGAGCUGGGCAUGAAGAUAGUGGAGGAUUAUGCCAAGUCAUGGGUAUGGAUACUCAUAGGUCUGCUGAUAUCACUGGCUGUUAGUCUGGUCUUCAUCCUGCUGCUGAGAUUCACAGCUGGGCUGCUGCUGUGGCUUACCAUCAUCUCUGUCAUACUGCUGCUGGCGUAUGGUAUGUGGUACUGCUCCAUGGAAUUGUCCCAACUCAAACAGAAACCAGGCUCUGAUGUAGCUAUUGUAGAAGUGGGUCUGCAGACUGAUCUGCAGAUCUAUCUACAGCUCAGACAAACAUGGAUCAUUCUAUUGGUGUCUCUUGGAGUGACAGAAGCUUCCAUCUUGUUGAUGCUGAUCUUCUUGAGGAGGAGAGUUCGGGUGGCUAUCGCCUUGCUCAGGGAGGCCAGCAGAGCCAUCAGUCACAUCAUGUCCACUCUUUUCUAUCCAGUCAUCACAUUCCUCUUGCUGACUGUUUGUAUCUCUUACUGGACUGUCACUGCUGUUUACCUAGCAUCCUCAGGUGACGCUGUCUACAAAGUGAUGUCUCCAGAUGUGGGCUGUCCCUAUGCCAACAGUACUUGCAACCCAGAGGUGCACAACACUACCAAAGAAGCGUCAUGUCUGGGAUCUCAGUGUCUUUUUGCGUUCUACGGUGGCGAGACGUCCUAUCACCGUUACCUCUUCCUCCUGCAGCUGUCCAACCUGCUCAUCUUUCUCUGGCUGGUCAACUUCAGCCUGGCCCUGGAGCAGUGCACUCUGGCUGGAGCCUUUUCUAGCUACUACUGGGCCAGGAGGAAGCCUCAGGAUAUCCCUCCAUGUCCGCUCUUCUCUUCUUUCAGCAGGGCAAUCAGGUAUCAUACAGGGUCUUUGGCAUUUGGGGCUCUCAUUCUCUCUGUUGUCCAACUUGUCCGAAUCGUACUGGAAUACCUGGAGCAGAAACUAAGAGGUCUGGACAACAGCCUGUCCAGGUUCAUCAUGUGUUGUCUGAAAUGCUGUUUCUGGUGUUUGGAGAAAUUCAUACGAUACAUGAACAGAAAUGCUUUUAUCAUGGUGGCGAUCUAUGGUAAGAACUUCUGUACUUCAGCCAGAGAAGCCUUCUUCCUGCUGAUGAGGAAUGUUGUCAGGGUUGCAGUUCUGGACAGAGUGACUGACUUUCUGUUGUUUCUGGGAAAAGUGCUCAUAGCAGGAGGAGUUGGUGUGGUCGCAUUCCUCUUCUUCACAAGGGAAAUCCCUGUUAUUCAGGAGGAAGUGCCCAAUCUCAACUACUACUGGAUCCCUCUACUGACGGUGGUAAUCGGUGCCUACCUGAUUGCUCACGGUUUCUUCAGUGUCUAUGCCAUGUGUGUGGACACACUUUUCCUCUGCUUCUGCGACGACUUGGAGAGGAAUGAUGGCAGCUUAGAAAAACCUUUCCUCAUGUCCCCAGAGCUGCACAGAAUUCUGGGAAAGUCCAGCCAGUCACGGUGA